AUGGCUGCCAUGGCAAAGACUAUCGUGGCAACAGGCGCCUCUUCUGGCUUGGGAUUUGAGCUCGUCAAACAGUUGUUGUCCCAGACCCAGCCCUACAAGUUCAUCCUCGCUGCAAGAGACACGAAGGCCACCCAAACAGCUUUUGAUGGACUCAAGUACGACAACAGCAGGCACAAUGUCAUCAUACUUCCUGUCGAGCUGAACAAGAUGUCGACGGUCAAGUCGUUUGCACAGCAGACCCUUGAGAAACUUGGCCAGGACAAGAUCGACUAUCUCAUGCUCAAUGCGGGGACGGCCAUGGAAAAGAGCACUGACGGAAAGGGGCCAUUCGGUUCCAAGUGGAGUGAAACUUACCUCGUCAACCAUCUCUCACAACACUAUCUCAUCCAUCUCCUACGACAGAAGCUGGAAGAGUCUAGGUCCCGUAUUGUGGUUGUCUCUUCCGGCGCUGUCCGCAUGGUGACGGCCACAAGCACUCUCGAAGAGGCAACCAACGCCGCUGGCAAGUCUGAGACCGUCAUAUACCCUGCUACCAAGUUCGUACAGCUGCUAGGAGCACACUGGUGGCGGCGGCAGCUACAGGGCACCUGCCAGGUCGUCGCUGUGUCCCCUGGCUUGAUUCCCGGGACUGGACUUGGAAGAGGCUCCAAUAUAAAUAUCCCAGCUCAUUUACCUGAUGCCAAGAGUAUCCCAGAAGGCGCGCAAAGCAUCUACGCUGCUUUUACCCGAGACGAUCUACCCGAAGAUCCAGAACAGAUCUUCUUGACCAGUUGGGGCGAGUGGUGGCCGAAGGACGUUUACGCACUCAGCCUCGACAAGAGCCUCCAGGACAAGUGGUCCCCGAGCAUGGAGCAGAUCGAGAAGGAAGAAGGCGUCACUGCUUAG